AUGGCCGACAGUCGUCGGAUAGAGUGGUUUCUCGGCAGAGCUGGACUUCUCCCACCACCACAGCAGAUCCCAAGCCUGGUGGAACCUCCAGCCCAAGACUAUGAGCCAUUCGUCAAGGCCAACCGAGAUGCAGCUCGUCAGCUUCUCGUCCAGCAGCGGAUGGCUGAUCCCAGCUACCGGCCGCCUUCAGAGCAGAAGCGCAACCUCUUCAGAACCAAGCACCAGAAGGAGGAGGCGGUUAAUCAUGCCAACUGGACUUUUACCAAGCAUGAAGUCGCGAGAGCGUUUGAUUUGCUUCUUUCUACCGAGCCUUUGGCAGCUGCCGGUGUUGCUCAGGCUUUGCUGUUGUAUACGACCUUGACUUCGCUUGAUGAGCUAUGGGGUCACUUGCAUGACCCGAGGCUCGAGAAGAAGAUGAAGAGGAAUCGGUUGUCUUCAACAAUGGCAGAUUCUUUCCCUCCAGGAAUCACAUGGCUAGAUAAGGCUGCUUCUCACGACAACAUCCACUAUAUCCAUCUCUUGUGUCAAACUCGAGUCAGCCAAGAGGCUCUGACUCGAGCAUUCGGCAUCUCCUUGUCAAAAUCUUCAGCCGACGCCAUGAGACUUCUACUGAGUUACGGCGCCGCCGCAUCCUCCUAUCCAGACGCCGUCGCCCAGCACAUCAGGGUUGGUGAUCUUGCCCUGGUGAGCCUCUUGUUGUCGGCUCCAACGGCCAUGACGACUGGAGCUUGGCUCGAGUGUCUCGAGAAAGACCUUGCUCGUGCCAUUGCAGGAACAGGAUUCUCGCUUGAGAUUCUCUUGCUGUGCGUUGCGAAUCGACGAGAUCUCGUCUGCGAUUCGUUGCUCCUCGCGACUCUCCGCGCGCAGAGUCUACACGCCUUGGCUGUUCUUCUGGCUUAUGCGAGUUCCAACGACAAGUUCUUUGGUGUACGAGAGAGCGCUUGUGAAUUGGUAACUCUGGUACCAGACUCAACACAAAGACUCUCUUUCUUCACAUUGCUCGCUGAAGCUGGGCUCGUUGGAGAUUAUCCCGUCCUUCGCGAGGAAUUGGUCAAGAGCGUUAAAGCUCAUCAGAUACCCCUGGCUAAGCUCCUUGUUGGCGCUGGCGUCAGUGUCGACAUCCCUCCACACAACGCUCUUCAAUGGGCCGUGUCACAGAUGGACUUUGUCAUGAUGGAGUUGCUCAAAAACGGCGCUUUCUCUUCACCUGUCUCAGUUGCGCUGAGCUACGUGCCGGAGUCAACCUCAGAGCCAGACAUGAUCCAUCUUAUGGACAUUUUCGGUCCCAUGGGAGUAUCUGGUGAACAUCUCGACGCUCACUUGGUCCGCGCUGUGCGGAACAAGCACCUGAGGCUCGUUGAGACCCUAGUGCGUUGCGGAGCCUCUGUCGAGUAUGAACAAGCCUCUGCGAUUCAGGCCGCCCUGGAAGCUGUGGACUUUGAUAUGCUCAAGGCGCUUCUGCAGCGAAAAUGCUCGCCAGAGAUUCUCUCGGCCGCUAUCCCAGCUGCAAUGGACAUCUCACCAAGGGACAGUCGGCUGCGGGCUAUAAAGUCCAUUCUGCAGAAGGGAGUCCACAGCCAAGUUCUUGGCGUUCCUCUGCAGCAAGUGGUGUCUGAGGAUGGGGACAUCGACUCGGACCUCAUUCAGUUGUUCCUCGAGUAUCAUGCUCCUGUGGACUUGUCCAACACGGCUGAUGGCAACCCUGUGUUGGUGGCGGCGCGAAGAGGCAACGUUUCAGUACUUCAGACGCUCUGCACUGGAGGACCACGAACCGAAACCUUGUCUGUUGCCGUUCCUAUUGCUUUCAAAGCCAUGGAGAAAUUCGGCUACGACAGUGCUCUGGCCAUGAUCACACUACUCCUUCAAAAGGGAGCGAACGGUAAAGCCAUUGAUCAGACUCUACUAGAAGCGUCGUCAAAGGAUACUCGACUGGACAUGGUUCGUGUUCUGGUUGAGCACCGCGCCAAUGCAAACUACGCUUCUGGUGUCGCAUACACCAACGCGGUUGAGAGAGGAAACUUCGAGCUGUUGGAGAUCUUGUGUUCAGGAUGUCCUCCAAGCCCUCAGAGUCUCAGCGUCGUCUUUCAUACGGCAAUGAGGCCAGAAUACUACAACUUGAAAACACUUGAGUUCCUGCUGGACUCUGCGCCUUCAUCUCAUCUACUUCAGGCCCCCGCAAGUAUCGAAGGCGUGCUGAGAGGUCAUCCAAACCUUGCCGAGGUCGUCCCUUGCCUAGUACGACAUGGUCUCAGCGUUGAUACAGGAAGUGGAAUGCUACUCUGCAGUGCCGUCCAAGAAAAGGAUGUCGCUCUUCUUAGCACGCUCGUUUCUUCGAAGCCCCAGACGGCAUCUUUGGCUGCUGCAUUCCAAGAAGCCAUCACCGUCGAGCCUAGAGAUGUCAGGCUGGAGAUUAUGAAGCUUCUCCUGGAGGCUUCUGCCUCAGCCGAGAUUGGACAGUCUGAAUAUCUUCCCCAAGAGACAAAGACCGCAUUGUCUGGUGACCUUGCUGGACUUGAGCUUCUGCUCAACCACAAGGCAUCGGUCGAUGUCCAAGGUGGACGGGCCCUCCAGGAAGCGGCAGCAGAAGGCGCACCUGAGGUUUUGAAGACGCUCCUCGCUGCCAACCCUACCGCUUUGACCAUUGAGAAGGCAUUCAUAGUUGGUAGUUCAUCCCCCGUGGCUUCCCAUACGAAAGCUGUCAUCUUGGGACACCUGCUCCGAACGGACCAAGUAUCAGUGGAUGCUGUAUCCAAGUCUCUUACUGAGAGUGUCUCCAAGCACCCCGAUGACAUUCUUCUGGCGAAGCUGCUACUGUCUUAUCAUGCCAAGGUCGAAAUCGACACCCUCAAGAUGGCGCUGGAAUCAUCUCCCGUCGACAUGUUCCUGUCACUAUCGCGAACCAUCUCGGAACCGGCAAUGGCGAAGGAACUAUUUCGGCACGUUAGAAACUCCGACAUCGACUCCGAGAGGAGGUUCAUUGCUUAUCAGUCUCUCGUCGACAAAGAUAUCGACUCCGAUGAGGUUUCUGAGGCUCUUCUUGAUUCUAUCAAGUCUGAUCCUGACAACUUGGAUACUCCUAAUCUGUUACUCGAGCAUGGAGCUAUUGUAAACUACAAAGAUGGAGCAGCUUUUACCAUGGCCUUUGAGUCUAGCAACCUCAACCUCGUGCGAGCAUUGAGUCGACAUCUCGUCAAGGCCGAUGAAAGCGCCGCGACUCUCGCAUUCGACUACGUGUCAAACAACUCCUCGUUCGACUCAGAUGUUCGACUCGAGAUUUACAGCUGCUUACUAGAGUUCAGCAUCAGCAAGGAGUCUCUGAAUAAGGCUCUCGUCGGCGCUUUGGAGAGCGCUGCUAUCAACACCGCCAUCGUGAGCAUGCUCGUGGAGCAUGGUGCGGACCCCAACGCCGAAGAGGCUAAAUGCUUCGUUCUGGCGUGCAAGAAGAACUCGCGAGACGAGUUUAGAGCUCUCAGCAAGCACGCAGACCUAGCUGCAGUUCUCCCUGCUCUUCUAGACCACGUCAAGGAGGAGUUGGAAGUCAUGAACUGGCUCAUUCUUCUCUUUGAAGAACAGCCCGCCGAAACAAAAGUUCAGGAGGAUGAGCUGUUGUUCAAGUGCAUGCGCAAGUUCCCGCAGGGGACUCUUGUCCUGGGAUUUCUGCUUGACCACGGAGUGCCUGCUGCAGCCAAGAUCAUCUACAACCUCCGACCAAUGUGGGAGCCGGAGGAAUGUACAGCUCUUAUGUGGGCUAUAUCGUCUUCUCUAAAGAUCGAUAACGCCGUUAUCCUCCGUCUGCUGCAGAUGGAGGAUGCAGCUCUACCCACUUAUGUGACACCGCAGUCGCAGAUGUCGGCAGUCUUUCUUUGUCUACUCGACAAGUCGCGAACCCCUGUGCUGAAAGCCCUUCUCGAGCUCGCGCCAGGGGAUAUGUUCAACAGCACAGUUUCAGGAUCAGACUUUAGCAAGAUUGCUUGCUACCCCAAGCAGCCCAAGGCCCAAUUCCAGUCCCUUUUUGAAGAGGAGGACGAGAUCUCUCCCCGGGAGGCUGCUCUUUUCUUGGGUAACAUUGACGCCUUCAAGCUGCUCGCGGGUGAGGGCACCCCAGACGAUGGAACACUCCACUUGGCUUCGCUUUUGGCCCUUCCCGACUUUGUGACCUGGCUCUUGGAGACGCAUGACGCCAACUAUGAGGAGGAGAACUUUGGCUUCAUGGUACCUUUGGGUCUGGCGUGUUUCUCCAAGCCAUUCCCUUGGUGCAAGAUCGCCAAUGAAGAAUCCGACUGGAACCUCCGCCUUCGAGAAACGAUGAAGAUCCUCAUCGCCAAGACGCGAAAGACGUGGCGGUACAGAGAGAAGCUGGUCCUCCACAUUGCAUUAGAGAACGGACCUGAGGUGACAAAGGCCAUGCUCGACGCGUUGGACAUCCGUCAUGAGGCGGACAAGGACAAGACGUAUUUGUAUACUGAUAGGACAGGGCUGCAUUACUCGCCUUGUGAGUAUGUGGAGGAGUUUAUUGAGGUUGGAGAUAAGCAGAAGAAGAAGCUGCUCAAGUGUUUGACGGGACAGGGGUUGACUUGA